AUUCUUACAUUGUGCUUCAUAUCGUACAUUCAUCAUAAAUCAUGCAGUCGACGCUUUUUGUACUGUUUUUGGCAGCAGCCAGUACGGUUUUCUACGCCGCCGGCCAGGGGCAGGGUCCGCCAUGCAACCCGGGCAACCCCAACUUCAACUGCACGGAUAGUUGUGACUGCGCAGAAUUGCGGUACUGCCCCCCGGCUUUCCCUUGCUUCCGCCUGCCCAGCGGCAACGAGACCGAGCCUAGCUGCGACUGCAACCAGCUGACGCCGUGCGACUCGUCACACCCGUGCUGGCGCACCACUGUCAUCAACGGGACGCUCACCGACAACAACUGCGACUGCGACUCAAUUGCCUGCAGCACCAGCCACCCGUGCUACCACCGCCAGUGUAGCUGUGACUGAACUGUGAGCUGGCCGUGACUGGCCGUUCACAGAUCACAGUGGCCGUUCUGAAACCGGUUUUUCGAUUUUACCUAGCUAGGUAGUUUGGUGCAAGAGGCCUCUGAUCUGACGUCAAUUGCCUGCUUCGCCUGAGACUGUCGGCCUAGACAGCUUCACUCUGGACGAUAAAUUUGAAUACAGAAUAGCAUUACAGUCGCAUAAUUCGAGUGCGUUUUGUUAAGUUUCAUCCAUCAUAACUACAGUGUAGUUGGUCAUGGAUUGGCAUCAUUAAUUGGCAAGGAAGACCAAAAUCUGGAAUUACAUAUCUGAAAUAAAUGCAAUGAUAUGAU